AUAAAAUUAAAAAAAAUGAAAACGACGAAUCCUUCGUCCCUCUCGCCUCUCUCUUUACUCCCAUUUCAAGUUUCCGAACAUUUUUUUCAACCCUAAUUUCGAUACAUUUCUCUCCAUCCUCGUCGAGAUCUCGUCCUCUCCGUGGGAUCGCAUGGAUCUCCUCUAACCCUCGAGCGCGAUCCGAGGGGGAGGCGGAGGCGGAGGAGGAGGAGGAGGAGGAGGAGGAGAUUGCUAGGGUUUUAGCGUCGGGCGCUCUUCGAUCCGGAUGGGGGCGGCGCCGUCGACGCCGCGGCGGGGGGCGGUGCGGCCUCGGGAGGCGGCGGAGCACCUGAUCGGGGCGCUCGUGGGGGAGAAAUCGUACCCGAUAUCCUCCGAGUUCUGGAAACAGCUCCUUGAGCUCCCCCUCACCCUCCAAUGGCCGCGCCACCGCGUCCUCGAGGCGUGCAUGGCCUUCGCUCAGAACAACUACCACACUAAACAUCUUGCAAAGAUUUUGAUUCACAUGGUAUGGUGUUUGCAAGAUGCCAUGUCGGCUUCUGCUGAAUCCUCGACAGCAUACAGGAAGGCUGUUAACGCUUCAUACAUAUCAUCUAUAUUUCUUAAGUUCAUUAUUGAAAAUGCAAAAAGUGACAAUUUGGAAGAACUAUGUCUUGACAUUGAUAAGGAUGAGAAGGGGCUGGAAAAUUUACUCUCUGAUCAAAGUGUAGAGUUGUUCGUCAUGAGAGGCAUCCUCAGUUUCGUUGGUGCAUCUGAUGUGAGUAUUCAUUCAAGCCUCCUCCAUCAUGAACUGCUGAACUUCAUGUUGGUUGCCAUGUCAACCCAGCUUUGUUCUGGACCAUCCCCUGCUCCAAAUGAUGUGCAUCCAUUCAUUGAUGCAGCCAUGUCUCAGGAAAGUGUUGUGGUAGCUUCGGUAGUUCGCAGACUGUUGUUAAAUUUUAUAACCCGACCACGCAUUCCUUUUAAUGAUUCAUCUUAUUCAAUCUUUUCUGAAGAAAGUGGGCCUGGUGUUCUGCAAAAAGUUGGUUCUGCCGCUGCAAAUUUUGUACUGCUUCCAUACUACACUUUCAACUAUCUAGUUAGUUCAGGUGGUGACGGUCAGAGGAGUCCACUGGCAGAUAACAGUUUACUUGUUUUGCUUAUUCUCAUUCACUAUAGAAAGUGUGUUUCGGUGGAUGAGUUUAUAUCAAAUAAUAAUGUGGAAGGUGGUGAUGCCAAUGCCUAUUUGAAGGACAACUCAACUUUUCAUGACAAUCCUUACUGCAAGGCACUCGAAAAUGCUAGGGAUAUUGAGUUUGAUCGCAUCGACAUUGAAGGAAAUGCGCAUAAUGGACCUGUUGUGAGAGUGCCUUUUGCUUCCUUAUUUGACACUCUUGGAACAUGUCUGAAUGAUGAGAGUUCUGUCCUGUUACUUUAUUCUUUGGUGCAUGGAAACUGUGACUUCUUGGAGUAUGUUCUGGUGCGAACAGAUUUGGAUACACUGUUGAUGCCAAUUCUGGAAACGCUGUAUAAUGCAUCAAGGAGGACAUCUAAUCAAAUCUAUAUGUUGUUGAUCAUCCUUCUCAUACUUAGUCAGGAUUCAUCCUUCAAUGCUAGCAUACAUAAAUUGAUACUUCCUAGUGUUCCUUGGUAUCAAGAACGGCUUCUGCAUCAUACUUCUCUUGGUUCUUUGAUGGUUGUAAUUCUUAUUCGAACUAUCAAGUACAAUCUCUCCAAGCUGCGGGAUAUCUAUCUUCAUACAAACUGUCUCGCAAUUUUGGCAAAUAUGGCUCCACAUAUUCAUAGGUUGAGUGCAUAUGCAUCGCAGAGGCUUGUUAGCCUUUUCGACAUGCUCUCCCGCAAGUAUGCGAAAAUAGCUGAGCUGAAAAAUGACAAGGUCCUCAAAACUGCUUCUGACCAAAUUGAAGGAGAAAAUGUAGCAGAAGAUGUGUCAACAGAGCUUCACAUAUAUACGGAUUUUCUAAGAAUCGUGCUGGAAAUUAUCAAUGCAAUCCUUACAUAUGCGUUGCCUCGUAAUCCAGAGGUGGUCUAUGCAAUAAUGCACCGGCAGGAAGUGUUUCAACCGUUCAAGAACCAUCCACGGUUCAAUGAGCUGCUUGAAAAUAUAUACACAGUGUUAGAUUUCUUCAAUAGCCGCAUGGAUAUGCACCAGUCAGAUGGCGAAUGGUCUGUGGACAAGGUUCUCGAAGUGAUUAUCAUUAACUGCCGUUCAUGGCGUGGUGAAGGGAUGAAGAUGUUUACUCAGUUGCGCUUCACUUAUGAGCAAGAGAGUCAUCCUGAGGAGUUCUUCAUUCCGUAUGUGUGGCGGCUAGUUCUCGCCCACGGUUUCUCUUUCAGCCCUGGUGCAAUCAAUUUGUUUCCUGUCGACAUUCAUGUUGAUGAUGCGGCGCCCGGAGAACCAAAUGUGUAGGAUGCAUAUUGGCGCCUGUGCCACACUGUGAAGAGUGCUUCUUUUUCCCCACACCUUUGAUGCCGCUUGGGCCUCUGAACGAUGCGUCUCGUUGUACAUAGACGUUACAUAACAGUGCAUUCUUGUCAUUCUUUUAUGUCAAUAUAGCCAUAAUAAAUUACGAGGUCGCAAGCGAGAGCACAUAAUCAUUUUGCACAUUGGAUAAAAGAGAUUUGUUUCGUUUUGUAAACAAACCGAACAUUCAGGCUAUUGUAGCAAGUAAGCUGUAUGUCGAUUUUUCUUCGCCUUGGUCGUAAACCUUUUGGUAUUUUUAUCUUUAUUUUUUCAACGAGUAAAGUUUAGGGUUAUAUUCUUGUAGGAAAUGUAAUGUGGCUAUUUAUAUGUUUGUGUUGAGCUAAGAUAGUAAUUGUACCGGAGGUCCUUGGCAUUGUAAACUUAAUUUAAAUUUGGUCCUCACCAUUUGAUUUCUUGCAA